ACAACCAAAACUCCUCAUAACUUGAACUUUGCGACGAUGAGCGGAGGCAAGCUGCAUCGACGACGGUCUAGCGAAGAUGAGUCGCUCGUUGUGAUCACGCCUCCGCCGGAGUCAAUAUCCAGCCUUCCCCUCCCAUCCUCCUCGUCUCCCACACGGACCAGGCAUCAACGCAAUGCCUCCAUAUCUGGACUCCCGCUCAAUAUUUCCAGCUCACCCAUGUCCGCUGGCCCGUACAGAACAUCGUACCAGACUCCGUUGUCACCAUUCAGGACUUCCUUUGGUACGCCUCACCAUCGAACGCGGUCUGUCUCGAGCCCCUUCUCCCCGUCAUUACCAUCGCCAUUGUCAACGAGCACAUCAUUCGCAGACCAAAUACCAGAAAGGCCGCCAGCUCCUAUCAUUCCAACUUCACAUUCUGCGCCGUCUCAGGUGCAACUGCCAGAGUCUGCGGAUGUCGAGAGCGGCAUUCCAACAACGCGGCGAAGUCAUGCCCGUAUUCAUUCUCGCAAUCUCUCAGUGUUUUUUCCUCGACCAGGAUCAACGCCCCAGCCGAUGACAAUAGACGAGGAUGGUGCACAAGAAAUAGAAGUCCCGCCCACACUUGGUGCUGGCUUCACGUUUGGUAAAACCCCGCCAGGCAUACAACCUCCCCCAAAACCUCCUUCUGGAACUGCGACACGAAGGGGGCAUCAUCAUAAGCACUCUGUCUCGCAUACCUUCUUUUCUUUCCUCGAACCUCAACCGACCAGCGAAGCAGACACGCUGGUUACUCAACCAACACCAACACCGAUGUCCCCUUGGAUGCCCAUCUCUCCAUUCGUCCCUGAAACACUUACCACUCCGACUUUCAACGCUGAAAACGGACGACAGGAAACAAAUUCACCGACGAGCUAUUUUGUCGCAGCAAUUGCUCAAUUCUUCAUCGGGGCAACACUUUGGGUUCAGGGACAGCAACGAGGGACUUUGGCCGUAACAGCGCUUGGCUAUUGGGCGGUAUUCGAUGCUAUCGGUAUUGCAGUUCCACACGUCACUUUUCCAAGUGUCUCCAAGCCAUAUGGCGCUGCCCGUGCUCAGCCAGUCCUGCUUUUCGCUCAAUCAGUAUAUCUCAUGUUCUCUGCGGUGUAUGUUUGCAAAGAGGCGCUUGAACAUCUCUUGCUCAGCGCCAGUGCAGGAGACGGACAUCAUCAUCACACUGGCGAUGAAUUCGAUGGGAUCGAGUUUCCUCUCUUGACGGUCUUUGUUGCAUUGUUCGCGUUUGCAACCAGUGGAAUACUGGUAGACAACCACGCACGACUCGUCUCUCUGGCGGACAAUCGCAUACCUCCACUGCGCGCGUUGUUAUCGUCUCAGUCCGUGUCCAUGUCGGAACCUUCUUCUCCUUUUGUCCGAGCCCUAUCCAACCCAUACUGCUUAGUACCUCUGGCACUUAACCUGGGUAUCCUUAUAGUUACUACCAUCUUACCCACCACACAACACCGACCAUUCGAUCUCGGGUUGGCCGGAGCGACGAGUGCUGCCACUUUUAAUGCGGCAUAUCAUGCUUGCACCGUGCUCGGGACCAUCUUGCUGCAGACCGCGCCAAGACGGGGGCUUCCUGGCGGCAAAAUGGAGACUUUCCUGCGAACUAUGCGCGACAUUGAGCGACAUCCACAAGUCCUUCACCUGCCCGCCCCCCAUAUCUGGCAACUGGCCGCUUCCUCCAAUAAAAUCGACGAGUUCGUGGUGACGAUGGAGCUUCACGUGGCAGCGACCUUGCCAGAUGAUGAUGUUUUCAUGUUGACCAAGUGGGUGAGGGAUAGGGUGACUGCAGCGCUUGGCGGGAGCCAGUUAGGCAGGGAAGCAGAGGUGACCGUUGGGGUUGUGCGGGGUUGA